GCAAACCAUCCAACUCCUUAACCUGCUGCGCCUCCACCUCCAUCACCCUAAAUAAAUAAAAAGCUAACUUUAAUUACUCCGAAAUUCCAAUCAUUGAAAUUUGUAAGCAUAUGUCCGCUCUAUUACGACUCUUUAAGCAAGCAAACACUAUUUAAACAGAUCAAAACUCCUCCGGACGGCCUCCAUUAAUAUCUUCCAGUUCCCUCCACCUUCCAUCCCCCCUACCCACGACCCUCCGUAAGAAAGCACUAUAGGCAGAAGAAAAACCAAAACCCACCUCAAAACAAGUAAAUAAAUACGUACAAAAAGUUCAGUGGAAAAGGAAGCAAACCAGCGGAAAAAGGGCCAAAACCAACCCAAGUCUACACCAAAACCCGUCAUUUUCUUCUUCUCAUUCCUCUUACUCUGCUGGUUUGCAUCCAAGGAUAAACGCAACUUUCCAAUGUCUCAAUCGACGAGGAGGUAUGACGAGGUGGGGGAUUAUAUGGUGGGGAAGCAGAUAGGGGCAGGUUCGUUCUCGACGGUGUGGCAUGCUCGCCACCGCGUCCAUGGGACUGAAGUGGCGAUCAAAGAAAUCGUCACCGCUCGAUUGAGUCCUAAACUGCAGGAAAGCCUUAAGUCGGAGAUUUUUAUUCUUAAGAGAAUCAAUCACCCUAACAUUAUCCGCUUGCACGACAUGAUCGAGGAACCUGGAAAGAUGUAUAUUAUUUUGGAGUACUGCAAAGGGGGUGACCUUUCGAUGUAUAUUCAACAAAGCCAAGGAAGAGUUCCCGAGGCAACCGCAAAGCACUUUAUGCAGCAACUAGCGGAGGGUCUGAAAGUUCUUCGUGAAAACAACUUUAUACACAGGGAUUUAAAGCCACAGAAUCUCCUCCUUUCCACUGAUGGUGACAACUGUAUCUUGAAGAUUGCUGAUUUCGGUUUUGCAAGAUCUCUACAACCUAGAGGCCUUGCGGAAACUUUAUGUGGUUCACCACUGUACAUGGCUCCAGAAAUAAUGCAGCUCCAAAAAUAUGAUGCUAAGGCAGAUCUGUGGAGUGUUGGCACCAUCCUUUAUCAACUUGUAACUGGGAAAACUCCGUUUACUGGAAGUAACCAGAUACAUCUGCUCCAGAACAUCAUAAGGUCAACUGAUUUGCAAUUUCCACCCGAGGCCAAGCAUUUGAGUCCUCACUGCACGGAUUUGUGUAAGAAAUUAUUGCAGCGUAAUCCAGUGGCGCGGUUGACAUUUGAAGAAUUUUUUAACCAUCCAUAUCUAUCUCAAAAGCAACCUGAUGGAUCCAUCAGAAACAGGCAAUCAGAAAGAGUAUUAGGUGGUUUUCCUCCUGCUGAGAGGAAUACAGGAAAAACUUUGAAAGAAGAUUGCCUACCAUUCAGUCUACGAAACCUCUCCAGCAGCCCUGAUGGCAGUACAUCUUUCCAUAACAAAACACAAUUUUCCAAGUAUAGUUAUGCCCCACACAAAACCGAAAUUACAGGGUCCAGUCUUGGCAGCCGCUGUCUUUCAGAAGGAAACCUGAGAGAAUCUCUUAAAAACACAGGCCUUGAAUUACUAGACAAUCACCCAAAAGUUUGCAUUGACUUGAUAGUCAUGGAUUCGCUGGAGUCAAUCGUCCAGGAUUAUGUAAUCGUCUCUGGUCCUCUUAUGGACUUAUCAUCUUUGGCACAUGCUUCUAAGCCAAGUCAUUUUCCGUCCAAAAGUGGCAGUUCAUCUCUUUAUUCUGGAAAUAUGAACUCCACACCAAGUGCUUCAGAGCUAAUAAUUGGUGGAGCAACUGGUAUAGUUGAUUACACUGGGGUUAUUGAACAUCGACUUUCUGCUCCUGGGAUUUCACAAGGAUCAAUGGAUAUAGCAGACACUUUGGAGCAACCAUUAACUGACUGCAUGACACUGAUCAGUUCAUUGCAGUGCUCUGCAGCUGCCAUUACAGAAUUAGUGAAUGACAAGAUUGAAGGAGGAAAGCAUCUAGAAGCCUUUUCAGUUCAGCUUGUAGUUCUUGCUAUUUGGAAGAAAGCAUUGCAUAUUUGUCAUGCUCAUGCGGCUUCAGCUACUGAAGGGCGUCCAAGCCAACAGAGAAGAUUCAGAGAAGUCUCUAAGGUUCAGUACAGUCCAGAUUCCCAGAAGUCCCAUGAUUCGGCCAAUGCACAGGGGCAACUUGAUAUCUAUGCAGAGAUAGAGAGAGCAUUUCUUCAUGAAGUUGGGCACGCUGAGGAACUUGCUGAGCUAAUAGAGCCGGGGAAUAUGGAGAUGCCAGAUGCAAUGGAAUUAAUAUAUCAGUCUGCCCUUGCUUUAGGCAGACGUGGAGCUGUGGAUGAAUAUAUGGGUGAUGUCGAAAGUGCGGUCGUUUUUUAUUCAAAAGCAGUGUGUUUAUUACUGUUUCUUCUAAAGGAAGCAGCAUGUCUCAUUGUGAAUCCUCCAUUUUCCCUCACAAACUCAGAUCGGUAUCGUAUUCAGAGCUACAUUGAUGUCCUCAAUAACAGGCAAAGCAUUUCACGGUCUCAAAGAAUGGUUGUGUUAAAGGCUGAGGAUCAGUCCUGCACUACUUAAAACUGGUGAUGAUAAAUUCUGUAUUUUUUUAAUUUUUUUAUUAUUAUUAUUUUUUGUAUAGUAAUUUUUUGUGGGGUUGAGGGGAACCAAUUGUUAAGCAUGUGGAACAAAAGUAUGUUGAUAUUCACAUGAAUUUGACAGGAUGCUCAAAGUACAAAGUUGAUAAAGGCGCCGUUUCUUGGAGGGUGUAUUAAUUAAAUUAUAUCCGUGGUCCUUGAAUAAUCCCCCAUUAAGGACCACGACAGUUUGGGACCCCAAAACUUAAGUAAAGAGUUUCUGUUUUGUCUAUGAGAUUGUUCUUUUGUACAGUGAGCGUGUUAAUUUUUCUCUCA